CCAUCCCUCUCUCCUGCAUCCUCCCUCCCUUUCCACCCGUUCUGUGUCUGUACUGCUCACCGGUGGAUGAGUCCGCUCAGACUCUCGCCUCUCCACGGUGCAUACCUCUUCCUCCUCUCGUCCUGCUGCGCCGCGUCCCCUGUCCUUCUCUGCCUUUGGAGCGUCGGCGCGGAGCCACGCAGAAAAAAAAAGCCUGGAAGGAAAGCUCGCUGAGACAACAGACAGACCCAAACGUGAAAGAGUCCCACGGGCGGAGAGAAGCAACAGAUUGCCCCUCUAGGUUGCAACAGUUGCUGAAAACCGAUGGCCACCUGAUCGGAGACGAAUUUGGGGGAAAAAAGACGAUUUCUCUGAGCGACAGCGACGCGUUGGCUGUGCCCGACGCAGGAGGAACCAGCGAUGCCAGGCGGCCAGAGGAGAGGUCUCUGAUUGCCCUCCUGGAAAGCAACCUUUACCAACCCAUCCUCUCCUCCUGUCAUUCAUGCUUUUGCACGACCCAAAGACCACAAGUCCUCUGCAGGCACGCAUCAGACGGAGGAUGUUAGUUCACAGGUAAGCUGUGAAUGGGAAAAGAGCAACCUCGCGUCUGAUUGGUGCAAAGAUGCAGGUAAGAGCCGCCGAGCGAUGCCACUAGACCCACCUGGGAAAUGACCUGUGAAGACCACAAAGGGUCAAAGAGCAGGAUGUAUGCAAGCAGCUAAAAAAGCCAACAACAAUGCCUGCCGGAUGCUCUUUCCAAACAAAAACUGCGUGAACACGAAGAAAGUGAGCGUCCAACGCCUCGCCACGCUACUUUCUUUUUAUUUCUUUAUUCUAGGAUGCUUUCUGCACCUGUGGAGCCCGCUGCUUUAAAACCCCAUCCAAAGCUUUCUUUCUCCCUAACUUCAGCCGCAAAGUGCCGCCGCUUCGUCUCCGCGCCGCUUUAUUAAGUGGACGCCGGGCGAUCUCGUCGCGACUCUUUUUUUUUUUUUUUUUUUUGGCGUGACGUGGAUCUGCCGUGGGGGCAGCUGACAGCCGUCCAAGACGCCGCGAGCCGUACUCCGCGUGAAGAAUGCCCAGCCGCGCUUGGCCAAGCCGGCCGACCCGGGCCCGACGGCGGGCCUCUACAUGGAGAGGUCGCAGAGCCGCAUCAGCCUCUCCGCGUCCUUCGAGGCCCUCGCCAUCUACUUCCCCUGCAUGAACUCCUUCGACGAGGACGAUGGAGUGGAUACAGAUGGCAGGAAGCUGAAGGGAGGCAUCCAGAGGAGCACGGAGACGGGUUUGGCCGUGGAGAUGCCCAGCCGGACCGUCCGCCAGGCCAGCCACGAAUCCAUAGAGGACAGCAUGAACAGCUACGGCUCUGAGGGGAAUCUGAACUACAGCGGCAUGUGCCUUGCAUCGGAUGCCCAGUUCAGUGACUUCUUGGAUGGGAUGGGACCGGCCCAGUUUGUCGGGAGACAAACGCUGGCGAUGACAUCCAUGGGUGAUGUAGAAAUCGGCCUGACAGAGAGAAACGGGGGUCUAGAAGUGGAAGUUGUCCAAGCCAGAGGACUCACCAUGAAACCGGGUUCAAAAGGACCUCCAGCGGCAUACAUCAAAGUUUAUCUCCUGGAGAACGGGGUCUGUGUGGCCAAGAAAAAGACCAAAGCGGUGAGGAAGUCUCUGGAUCCUCUCUACAAUCAGGUCCUGGUCUUUUCUGAAAGUCCACAGGGGAAAGUGGUGCAGGUGAUUGUUUGGGGAAAUUAUGGACGAAUGGACCGCAAAAGCUUCAUGGGCGUAGCGCGAAUCCUGCUGGAGGAGCUGGACCUCAGCACGAUGGUGAUUGGCUGGUACAAGCUGUUCCCUACCUCCUCAAUGGUGGAUCCAACGAUGGCGCCACUCAUCCGCCACUCGUCUCAGAUGUCGCUGGAGAGCACCAUCGGACCAUGUUGUGAGAGAUCCUAAGGCUUGUGUAAAAAAAACAAAAAAAAACUGCAACGUUUCAUGUUGCUGCUCGGAUUUAUUAUUAUUUUUUUUUUGAGCCCCGUAGCUCUGCGCCUGGGUCAGCCCGACGGUACUUCACCUGGACCGGGAGCGAGCCGGGAUUGGCUCUCAAAAGAACUUUUACAAGUCUAUCCACGCUCGGGAAAGAAGCAGAACUGAUAAAUGACUGUGCUGACCAGCUGGUUAUCCUGCGUUCAUUUGAAAUGUAUAAUAGUUUUGAAACCGUAUCAGAUUGUUACCCGUGACUCAUGGGAAACCACAUUUCUUCUGUUGUUGUAACCGACCCUCCCUCAGACUCAAAGGGAAAUUCCACUCUCUUCAGAUCUCUUUGAUGGGGGGUGAGGGAAACAAAAACCUCAUUAACGAGGACACUUCAAAGCCGAGCUUGGCUGCCGACAUUGAUCGCGUCCUAUCGGGACACUGCCGGCUCGGUUUUGCUCCGGCUUCCCGCCUUCUUCGCAGCCUACAUUCAACUCUCAUUCCCAGGGCUGCUUGUUGUCUUUCUACGUCCUCAUUAGUGACUGGAUGACUCAAGAGUAAAAUCUAUCUAUUCGCCCAACUGAAGUAAAAGUCAUUCCGAUGCUGGUUCCUAUCAAUAGACGUGUAUGCAACAGGACUGAAAAAAAAACUAAGAUCUAAGUCAUUUGUUGUGACAUACCAAGUGAUACUGGGUUCAAACAUGCAACAUGAGCUGUUUUCUUUUCUUUUUCCUGUUUCUUGUUCGUUUUGUGUGUUCCACAUUGGUCGCUUAUUGUUCCACUCCUUGGCUAACACUUAUGUGAGUGAUCUAGGCGUGGCUGGAAGCUGUUGCAGCUUCUGAAAGGAUCCAGAUCUUAACCUAAAGUUAGGAAUCCUGAGCGAUGCUGCAUGUUUCUGUGCACGCAGUUUGUUCAUAUCAUGGCAUUUAGCUGCAAUUCCAUAUCCUAACUGGGUCCUCUGUGGACCUAUGCGAUAGGGCUUAAUUGUUCUCAAUCCCCAAAAACGGUUUGCAACGUACUGAUGUUUGUCAGUUUCACUGAUUAUUAGCUCACAGGUCAUUUGAAGUGCUUUUUGGACUGCGGAUGAAGAGAAAUACACAUCCCUGCUGGUUGCAAGAAAAAGGGACUUCGUUGUAGAUCCUUGUUUUUUU